AUGCUCAUUACACCGCCAGAGACGUUUGACCUAGCAAUCACCACUUUGGCACUUGCAGCUGCUCACUAUCCUGCGCUUCACCUUGUAGAAGUACACAUGGGCACCCUCAACAGCAAUUGCAUGCCAAGAGUAAAACUUAUGGGCAUGGCCCUGAGCAACAGUGAAAUCGGCUUGCGGCCUGAGUACGGAUAUGCAGAAGAGCUGCGGGAACAACUUGGACACCAGGCUUGCAGAGUGCAGGACCUUGAAAGAGAGCGUGAAGUUAGCCAGAAGAAAGAGGCUGAACUUGUAGCACGCGUGGCACGCUCCCUCGACCUUUUGCGAACUUACCAGUUGGAAGCUUCCGGCCGGAGACCAGGGCAAGGCGAUCAAAUGUUCAUGGAUAGCGAGGAUGAUUCAAAGGAUCAGGCGGUGAGGACGUCACCGGAGCUUCCUCCUCUACCACAGCUUGGCUUUUUGAAACCUCAGGUGGCAGAAAGUGAGGGCCCUCCCUGCAACGCACUGCAAACUGCAGAUCCUUUGCCAUCCGAAGCUGUACACAGUGCCAGGCAACCUGCAAAUCCUCAGUUGGUUUUCGCACUGAAGCCUCCACAACUAUCGCUUCUUCAGCGUUAUCUUUCCAUUCAGGAUGGAGAAGCUGUGCAACAAGAUGCCAAGAGCCCACGGCAGCUGCAAGUUCGUGCGGAGAGGUCGCAUGCGAGCAGCGCCAAUGCUGCUGUCCAAACAGCAGUAGUGAACUCUUUCAAAAAGCGUUCAGAAGCAAGGAGUCUUUCACCACCAACAGCGCCAGUCAAGGAUUCCCUUCAAAGUUCAUCCUGCCGUAGACUCCAGGCAAGUCCUGGGUACGCAUCCAAAGUCGGGGAACCCCAGAGACUUCGCUUGGGAAGAUGGACACGGACUCAGCCACAGGCGGAACCACUAACACCUCCGCAGAGGGCCAGGCGGAGUUUUUCAAGAACCCGCAGUAUGUCUUCUGAGCGUUUGACGAGGACUUUCGAUGUGCCCUCGGAGCCUUUGCUGGGCUCACCUCUUCCAACUGCAAGCUCAGCAAGGCAGAUAAGGAACAGCCGAGGACCAUUGGAGAGUCUGAUCCAUUGGCCCCUUCGACUGGACAGUUACUACGCUCCACAUAUGUUUGACGUCAUUGACUCGCUGGAAUCCUCCGGUGGGGGAGAGACAUCUUCCGCACCUCCGUCAAUAUCAGAGGAGCUGCGGCGCUUGCAGCAAGAGCUCGUUUCCAUCGAGAAGAAGGUAUCUCAAGGCCCAACAGCGGGCUCAGUGCGGGGCCGCGUGGUCAAAGAACAGGCUCGGGGCGAGCCAUUUGACCCCGAUUGGCGUCCAUUGGAGACUCUGCACAACAUCAGCUUCAACUGCCUGGGAGAGACUCCAGGUCUUGCAGACAGCCCGCUAGAGGAGUCCCAGGAGUUGUCCGAGAUUGAUGAUGUUCUGCAGCUGCUUCGACACGUGAAACCCACAUGA